GUAAAAGACAUGCCUUAUCAUUACUUACCAACCUCUACCUGUAUCGCCCUCUGCAGAUGUUCUAAGGUUGUUGGGAUGCAGUCCACAUUGGUUGAACUUAUACUGGUUCUCUUCAUCUUCUCCGGCUUUGUCGAGAAUGGAAAUGCAGGGAUAACAAGUGCUUUCAUUCGGUCAGAAUGGCCAUCUAUUGACAUCCCUCUUGAUAAUGAAGUAUUUGCAGUCCCAGAGGGUCAUAAUGCACCACAACAAGUGCAUAUAACCCAAGGUGACUACAAUGGAAAGGCUGUAAUUAUCUCGUGGGUGACACCUGAUGAACCAGGCACCAGCAAAGUGCAAUAUGGUGUGUCGAAGAAAUAUGAUUUUACUGCAGAGGGGACAGUGAGAAAUUAUACCUUUUACAAUUAUAAGUCUGGCUACAUUCAUAAGUGCCUUGUUGAUGGCCUUGAGUAUGACACCAAGUACUAUUACAAGAUUGGCAGUGGGGAUUCUUCUCGAGAAUUCUGGUUCCAAACACCGCCAAAGAUCAAUCCAGAUACUCCUUACAAGUUUGGAAUAAUUGGUGACUUGGGCCAGACAUAUAAUUCCCUGUCUACGCUGGAGCAUUACAUGCAGAGCGGAGCUCAAGCUGUCUUAUUUGUUGGAGAUCUUGCUUAUGCUGAUAGAUAUAUGUACAAUGAUGUUAGUAUACGGUGGGAUAGCUGGGGUCGUUUCGUUGAGCAAAGUGCAGCAUAUCAGCCGUGGAUGUGGUCUGCUGGAAAUCAUGAAAUAGAGUACAUGCCUUACAUGGGAGAAGUUAUUCCUUUUAAGUCUUAUCUUAAUCGAUACCCUACCCCUCAUUUGGCCUCCAAAAGCAGCAGCCCUCUCUGGUAUGCCAUCAGACGUGCAUCUGCUCAUAUAAUUGUGCUGUCCAGCUAUUCUCCUUUUGUGAAAUAUACCCCUCAGUGGGAAUGGCUCAGAGAAGAACUUAACAGGGUUGACAGGGAGAAGACACCUUGGCUCAUUGUUCUUAUGCAUGUUCCAAUCUACAAUAGUAAUGAAGCACACUUCAUGGAAGGUGAAAGUAUGCGGGCAGUCUUUGAGAAGUGGUUUGUUCAUCACAAAGUUGAUGUAGUCUUUGCUGGGCAUGUCCAUGCUUAUGAAAGAUCAUAUCGAGUCUCAAACAUACGCUACAAUGUAUCUAGUGGUGAGCGUUAUCCGGCAGCAGAUGAAUCUGCCCCCGUCUACAUUACUGUCGGAGAUGGAGGAAAUCAAGAAGGUCUUGCUGGAAGGUUUAAAGAUCCACAACCAGAUUACUCUGCAUUCAGAGAAGCCAGUUAUGGGCACUCAACAUUGGAGAUAAAGAACAGGACACAUGCAAUCUACCAUUGGAACCGCAAUGAUGACGGGAAAAAAGUGCCAACUGAUGCCUUUGUCUUACACAACCAGUACUGGAGAAGCAAUCUGAGAAGGAGAAAAUUGAAGAAACAUCAUUUGAGGAGUAUUGUUGACAGGUUCUCAAUGGAAUCAGUUGGUACCCAAAGGUGCCCAUCUGAGGGUUCUAGCAUAUCAGCAACCUCGGAAGGAGCACCACGCAGAGAUGGUGGCGAUCUCGAUCAAACAAAGACGGCCAAUAUGAAGAUGAAAGAGAAAGCUGUCCGGGGAUCCGAACCGGCACUCCUUCCCGAAUCGAGUGCUCGCGUUUUGCUGGAUUUGAAGCUUUCCAGUGAUAAUUCGAUCCGCGGAUCGAAGCUAGAGUUCAAUCUGUUUAGCCCCAUGAACGUCGGUUCCUCUCAUGCAAAAGAAUCCACCGACGAGACCUCGAAGCAAACCGAGUCUAGGGUUUUCUCCUGCAACUUUUGCAAGAGAGAGUUCUCCACAUCCCAAGCCCUAGGUGGGCACCAAAACGCACACAAACAGGAGCGGGCACUAGCCAAGAGGCGUCAAGAGAUGGAUAUGGGUGCUUUAGGACACCUGCCCUACUAUCCCUAUUCAAGCCUCUCCACCAACCCAUAUUAUGGAUCUUUAAAUAGGUCACUUGGGGUACGGAUGGAUUCCUUCAUUCACAAGUCAUCGCCUCCUUAUUCGUGGGCAUCCCCGCUAGCGCUUCGCUACGGCACCCAGGGCGGUUGGACCUCCAGGCAAACUAUGAUGAACACCCAACCUUCCAUUGAUAGGCUAAGGGCUGAGAGUCUGAAUGCUUUUAAUGGUGGAUUUGGAAUUUCUCCUUCCUCAUCUUCUUCAAGAUUUGAGGAUAAUGGCAUAGUUCGCAAUUUUGGUUCUUCUCCGUCAUCAAAUAUUGUUCCGGUCAAUAAGCCUCCGGCCAUUACUGAUCAUAUCCAGCAAAUUAACCCUCCAAAAAGUGAUCAAACAGAUGAUUCCGGACUUGAUUUGUCUCUCAAGCUCUAG